GGGUAAGCCCCGCACUUGACCUACCGUUUUCCAUAGUGGGGUGGGCACCGGACGAGCUCAGAGGUUAGCAGUGAAAACGAACCCCUCCACGCCGUUAAACAAGACGCGUUUACUUAAUCUACCUAGGUACCUUCACUUUCGCAACCCGCGACCCGCGUUUUUCAAACAACAACACAAUAUAACGAUCCAAACAUAAUAGUUUACGCCUACACCCUACCAUCGCCAAAAAAUCCCCAUCGCGAUGGAAGGCCAGACACCCAACCCCUUAUUAUUGCCGCCGGACCUCACGCCGCUCGAGCAGGAGCUCCUCGACGAAUACGAGCGGCUAGCCGAGAACAUGAAGAAGCUCGCAUCCGUACUAGACGCCAUGGCCGGCCAGCCGACGACCGAGAUCCUCGACGGCCUGCGCGAGCUCGAGCGCAAGACGAGCCUGGUGUUCACCCUGCUGAAGGCUAGCGUUUACAGCAUCGUGCUGCAGCAGGAGAUCGACUGGGGCGACCAGACGCACGGUUGAUGCAGGGUAUGAUGGUGUAGUUAUACACAAGGAAGAAAUGACAAAAAAAGAAAAAGAAAAAAGAAAAGAAAAGAGAAAAAUAAAAUGGCAACACCCAGAUGUAUAGGUAUAUAUGUCGACUCUCGACUCCCGACUCCCUUAGCUACGGAACAAUUGGGCUACGUAUGCACAAGAGCAUCCAUCCAUCAUAUCCCCGGGUCUAGACUACAUCUGGAUCAAACGCAAACUGGUUGGAAGAAUCUGCAUGCUCGAUACAUAUGAUGGGGAGCCGUAUCGUGCGGCUGGUAUUGAGGGGAGAGAGAGAGAGAGCACGGUAUGCGCAUAUAAGCUUAUAACGGCUUUUUACACCGUUGUGGUUGGUAUAUGAAGAUAUGCGCGAGAAUGAGGAUACGAUACCAGCGAGAUUCAGCUCUGAGGACUCGGUAUAUCUACAGGGAGCAUGAUAGGCAUGCGAGGAUAAAUCACGGAAAAGGUUUGAGAUACCCAAAUACGCCAAGAAGAAACAAAAAAAAUAAAAAUAAAGAAAUCAUAAUACACCGGAAAAAUACAGCA